CGCAAAGCAAAUCAAAGUUCGGCGCAGGGAGCCAAGCCGUUGGGGGGAGGAGAGCACAUUUCGCUCAGCAAUCUCCACUCGAAUCCCUCUCGCCUCUCCUUCCUUACGCUCACCAAUUCGCCAUGCUGCCGUCGCACCUCAACGGCCACUCCCCCCUCGCGCGGCGCCGCCCGCGCCUCUCCGCCGCUUCCCCACCCGCCGCCGCCGGGGAGUCCCCGGCCGCGGGGGCUGGGGCUACGACCGCGGCGGAUUCGCUGGAGGAGCACGACCGCAUCUACUUCCAGUCUUACUCCCACAUCGGCAUCCACGAGGCUAUGAUCAAGGACCGCGUCAGGACUGAUGCUUACCACUCAGCUAUCAUGCACCAUAAGAAAUUUAUCGAGGGGAAGGUUGUGCUGGAUGUGGGGUGUGGGACUGGAAUACUCUCUGUGUUCUGUGCUCGUGCUGGUGCAAAACGGGUGUAUGCUGUCGAAGCUAGUGAAAUUGCUACCCAGGCUUGUGAAAUUGUAAAAGCAAACAACCUAAGUGAUCAGGUUGUGGUCAUCCAUGGACGUGUUGAGGAUGUUGACCUUGAGGAGAAGGUUGAUGUAAUAAUAUCAGAAUGGAUGGGCUAUAUGCUUCUGUAUGAGAGUAUGCUGCCAAGCGUCCUAUUUGCAAGAGAUAAAUGGCUUAAACCUGGGGGUCUUAUUCUCCCGUCUCAUGCUACGCUCUUCAUGGCUCCGAUAACAAAUCCUGAGAGAUAUGAAGGCAGUGUUGAUUUCUGGUGUGAUGUCUAUGGCAUAGACAUGUCUGCUCUUGUGCCACUUGCCAAAAAAUUUACAUCUGAAGAACCCUCCGUUGAAACAAUUGGUGGAGAGAAUGUUAUAAGUUGGCCAUCUGUGGUCAAACACAUCAAUUGCUAUAAUUUUACAGUUGAGGAAUUCAAAUGUAUCACUGCAAAAUACAAAGUUUCGUCAAUGAUGUUAGCUCCCAUUCAUGGCUUUGGUUUCUGGUUUGAGGUGGAGUUCAAUGGGCCCCAAGAGUACUCUCAUAAUGUUCCUUCCAAUUUGAAUCCACUUGAAAUUAUUCAAAAGAAAAGGAAACAAUCAUCUGAAGAUACAGUUCUUCUGUCCACAGCCCCUGAGGAUGAGCCAACCCACUGGCAGCAGACUAUUCUGUACUUCCCUGAUCCUAUAGAGGUGAAGCAGGAUCAAACGGUAGAAGGCUCUGUAACGGUGUCCCAGAGCAAGGAGAACCCACGUUUUCUGAAUAUUCAUCUAGAGUGCUCCACAGGAGGACAUACAUUGGUAAAAGACUGUGCCAUGCGAUGAACUGGUGCUUUUUACUUUUUAGUUACAGUACUGUGGCUAGGUUCCCCCCUGCAAAGAUUCUAUAGCUUGCAAGAGGUCUUCCACUCUUCCUUUCUGCUUCCGCGAGCUGAAUUCUAUCAUCUGCAGCGAGGAGUUCAAGAAUCUGUACUGAUAGUUUAUUUCCCCUCAUUUUCUGAUUUCUUUACUGGAAGCAGAGAAUUUGUAUUAUUAAUGCAUUUUUUUUUGUCCACUGUUAAUGAAGGCGGGGGAUCGCAGGAUUUUAGUUUGUCUUA